AAUUUGUUUCUACCAUCACUGGGGUUUAUUUAGUGUAUAUUUAAUGCAUUUUGUUUUUGAAAUUCGUUUUUGUGAUCUUUAUUUAGGUGUAUAACAACAAAAAACACUAGAUCCUAAAAGUGCACUCAUUUGAGUGUAGAUUUUUAACAAACUCACGUUACAAAUAUUACAAUAUUUGCUUUUUGUAUUGUUUUGCUUUUUAUGUGUGUGCGCCUUUCUUGCCUUUAUUCUGAAAGGUGCAGCCUGGAAGUCGGAAGCAGGAAACGAAGAGCAUGUGUCCUCUGGAGUUUGUUUGCAUCUCUAAGCUCACGUGAACCGUCUCACUCUCCUCCACAAUGAACUGCUGCAGAAGAAUAGCUUGUCGUGACUUUGCAUCCGGCCUCGUCGCCUUCUCUCGGGUCAAACCGCUGACACACUCCCGCAGCCGGAGCCAUGCCGCCGCCGCUAAGCCGGCUACAGGCUCCGACACGGGAGAGAAGCCCCGGCUCAGGGCGAUCGACCUGGCGCGGAAGGUCCAGCAGGAGAAGUCUAAGCCACAGGCGGAGGAGCUUCCGCUGUCGGGCCAACAGAAGAGGGUGAUGGAGCUGAAGCGGUUCAGUCUGCAGCUACAACAUGUCCACCCGAACGUCCUGGCCAAACACCUGCACAGAGGCGUGCUGUACCAGGACAAAGAUGUCGUUGUGAUCAACAAACCAUAUGGGGUUCCUGUCAGAGAUGACAGUGGGGGCACAUCCAUUGCCUCUGUGCUUCCUGUUCUCUCCAAAAUGAUGGAUGGGAUGAAGGUGAAGUCUGAGACUCAGCUGUUCCCUUGUCUGAAGCUGGAGAAGGAAAUAACUGGAGUGUUCAUGCUGGCCAGGAGUGAAAAAAUAGUGGAGCACAUCCUCAACCUUAACAGAAAUAACCAAGUGGAAAGAAAGUACUGGGUCAUCACAGUCGGUGUGCCUGUUCCAUCAGAAGGAGUGAUUGACAUUCCCAUCAUAGAGAGAGAGGUCACAGGCUCUCGUCCACACUACAAGAUGGCUCUCAGUCCUCUUUUCAGAAUGAAUGAUGCUGGCGACGGUAUGACUAAAGUCCGUGCCCAUCGGCAAGCACAACCUGCAAUGACCAAGUACAGAGUGUUGGACAGCAGCAGUGGUUGCAGCCUCGUGGAGCUCCAGCCUUUUACUGGAGGGAAGCACCAAAUGAGAGUUCACAUGGCACUUGCUCUGACAUGCCCCGUUCUUGGUGACCACAAAUAUUCCGACUGGAACAAACUGGCACCCCAGAAAUUACCAGAACGUGUGCUGGAUAAACUCGGACUGGAACAGCGCAAGAUCCGGUACCUUCCUCUUCACGUGCUUGCUCGACAGAUGACGCUGUUAGGAACCAAUCGAGCCGACAUAAGUGUGUCCUGUCCCAUCCCAAAGUACUUCAUGCAAACAUUGAAUCGACUGCAUUUAACUUUUCCUGAUGAAAAGGACUCUAAAUAACCACUUCAGCAAGCCAAUCGAUGUCUGAAUGGAUUCAACAUCAGCUGUGAAUGAUGUCAGACUGCAGCGUGGGGAAAGUGUAUCAUGUGUGCCAUUAAGUUCAAUAAGAAAUAAAACCACACCAAGCUGUUAGUGCUCCAGUCCUAAAACCCAGAAAUGUGUUCGCAAUAUUGCCUUUCCAGUUCUUUUCUUUUUUUUUUUGUUUGAAUAUUUUUUGUUGCGAUGCCUUAAAUAAAGUGGGUGACAAAGAUUGAAAUGUUU